AUGCCGCGAGAAGAUCGAUCCGGAGAGUUCACCGGCGUCUUGGGCUUCUUCAUCUGUACUUGUACCCUGCUAGUGCUGCUUCGAUGCUACUGCAAGCUGGUCCUCGUGAAGAACUUCGCGGCCGAUGACUACUUCUCUAUCCUUACCCUGGUAUCCUUUUUAGUCUUUUGUACCUCCGCGUUGCUAGGUCUCCAAAAUGGAACCGGGAAGCGACGAUAUCUCAUCCCGGACGAAAAGUACCCCAUCGGCAUGAAGUGGUGGUGGACUUGCGAGCCCACAUAUGUUGUUACGAACAUCUUCCUCAAGAUGAGCAUAGGCAUCUUCCUGCUCCGCAUCGCCCAGGAUAGAACUCAUCGCACCAUUCUUUGGAUCGCCCUUAUCGUCAUCCAAGUAUACAGCGUGUACUUCUUUUUCGUCUUCACCUUCCAAUGCUGGCCCGUCUCGUUCUUCUGGGAACAGUUUCGCGGCGGCAAAGGAACCUGCAUUCCCUCCAAGUUCGUCGUGAACUCGUUUUACGGCUACUCUGCAUUGUCCUGUGUCACGGACUGGACAUUCAGUAUUGUUCCAAUCUUCAUCGUGCACAAUUUGCAAAUGAAUAAGAGGAAGAAGAUGACGGUGGCUGUUGUACUCGCUUGCUGCGCCAUCGGCUCCACCGCGACAGUCGUCCGCAUCCCGUUCAUAAGCGGUCUCAACGAUAUACCCGAUUUCCUCUACUCUACUACCGACGUCGCAAUCUGGUCCACCUGCGAAACCGGAAUCGGUCUUGCGACCUCCGCCGCUGCCACUCUCCGCCCCUUGCUCCGCCAGGUGUUUGGUGAAAUGUCGACGCAUGAUAGCACCUCUCGCAAG